AUGGGCCGCCGCUACAUAACACCCAAGGGGGCGGCACGAUACCUAUCUAGCUCUCAGGAGCGCGCCAUUUCUGGCAAAAUUGAGUUCAGUGGGGAGAAAAGGAAGCUCCGUCCACCCCCAUUACUCUCCACGCUCUCUAUUUCGCUGGGGAUUUGGGCGAUUCCCAGUUCUCUCUCUCCGACGGCUGGUUGGGUCCUUUCCGGGGCGAGUCGAGGCCGGUGUCGAUCUGCCCUGCUCUUCCUUCUCGAUGGAUUGGUUGUUUCACUGGAUGAAAGGAAGGCCUCAGCCGGCCAAAAAGAUUGUGUUGCUACUGGAUCGAUUGCUUCACAGGGUAAAAGAAAAGGCUCACCCUGCCAACAAGAGGAUAGUUCGCAGAGCGGUGAAGAAAAGGGAUAUCCAGGGCCAGAACUCCCAGAGGAUAUCUGGAUUCAAAUACAUUCCCUGAUGCCAAUGCGAGAUGCUGCCCGAGCCACUUGCGUGUCUCGUGCCUCUCUGUGUUCUUGGAGAUCCCAUCCAAACCUCACUUUCAGCAUGAAAACUCUGGGAUUGAAAGGGAGAGUGUCUGAAAAUGUUGAAAUAGCUAAAGAUUACGCCACCAAACUUGACCAUAUUCUUAAAAAACACUCAGGCGUUGGUGUGAAGACAUUCCAGCUUUUGGAUGCUCCAAGUUGCAGUGUGAAGGACCAUUAUUAUCUUGACAGUUGGCUUCAGAUGGCUGUUAAACCAGGGAUUGAAGAACUCGCCAUCAGUCCGUGUUCAGGAACCGAUACGUAUUAAGUUCCCAUGCUCACUUUUAGCUGAUGGAAAUGGAAACUCGAUUCGAUCUCUUUAUCUUGAUUGUUGUGCCUUUCAACCCACAGUUGGGUUUGGUUGCUUGAGAAGCCUGACGAGUUUAUAUCUGGGUAUGGUGCGUAUAACGGGGAAAGGGUUAGGGUGGCUUUUGUCUAAUUCUUUUGCUUUGGAGCGGUUCACACUCAGAUGUUGCAGUGAAAUAUAUCGCUUGAAGAUACCUUGCCAUCUUCGGAGGUUGAGCUACCUGGAGGUGCUUUAUUGCAGGGAGCUCAAAGUGAUAGAGAGUGAGGCUCCAAACCUCUCCAAUAUGCGAGUUGCAGCUGGCUUCCAGUUACAACUCUUACUUGGAGGAGCAGAGUCGCAAGUGAAGAACCUGACAUGAAUUAUCCCGGUACUGUUCGUUAUACUUGCGCUAAGCUUGGAUCCAGCAUGCCAAAUCUUGAAACUCUUUCCAUAGAGUCAACCAAGGAGGUAUAUUCUAAAACUUUACGUGACUGCAUCCUAGCUAUAUUUAUAUAAAUGCUAUUUUGUUAGAAAAUGGAAGCUUUAUAUAAAUGCUAUGCAGACACCAUAUAUUUGAUUUCGUUAAAUCUGGCAUGUUUAUGCAGACGGUCAAUAGACCAACAGUAUCUGGCAGAUUUCUCCACCUUAAAUAUUUGAUGAUUUAUGUUACUGUGGACAAUUCUCCGAGAUAUGAUUAUGUUUUACUGGCUUCUUUAAUUGAUGCUUCUCCUUCCUUGGCGACAUUGGUCUUGGAUGUAAGUUGCGUUUCUUCAUGUGAAGAUGUUUGUAAUGGUAGUGGAACCUUCGAUAGAAGAUUUCUUUUGAAUCUUUAUUAGGUAUCGCAGCGACGGAUGGAGCAUGUCUCCAUUUUUGAAGAUCCCUCGGGGUUGAGACAGUUGCCUGAGCAAACGCACGCCAAGCUUCAGAAUGUGCAGUUCAGUGGUUUCUCCUCUGCGAAGAUGAUUGAGCUCACACGGCAUAUCCUUGCGGUUUCGACGUCACUCAAGAAGCUUGUAUUGAACACCGGGCCUGGACGUAGAUGCUUUAGCAUGGAGAAAGGACCAUAUCGUGGAGGCUUUAAGAGCGGUCUUGGCUAUUGACAUGUACAUUAGGCCAAAAGUGCCAUCCACGGUUAAGUUAUGUGUCAGGGCAAUGCCAUGUUGUUAAGGACCUGUGUGAUCCUACUCCCA